ACCGCACAAAACAGUGCGGUUCGUUCAUGCGUGUGGGUGUCACGUGAGUGAUGGUCACUCAGGUGGACAUAGGCGGGAAUAUGCACGGGGUGUGCAUUGUUUGGUCAGUUCUACGCUAGACUUCGAUCAGUAAACUUGUAUGCGUGUACAAAUCACACGUCGUGUUCAACAAUGGAGACAAGCGAGUCGUCAAGCAUGAAGGGCUACAUAGAAGAGAGAAUAAAGGAUGCAGUACAAUCCAACAACGACGCGUUAUUGAGCAGCAUUAGCGGCAUGAUAAAUAAGAUAAGUGGAAAAUCACAAUGUUCGUUUUUAGACGUUCCAAAGUUUAAACGAAAAAGUAAUGAAGAGCAGUACAAUAACAAUGCCAAAAUCUUGGAAAACAUUGAUAUUGCAAGCACAGCAAUUGAUUCAAACAACAUUCAAUCCGCAAAAGAAGCUCUAAUCGAAGCGGAAAAGGCUCUACGCCAGAGACAAAAACUCAUCUUGAUGGCAGACACGUCAGAGCUAGGCUGGCGUGUGGUAAAUGAGUAUACUACUAAUCCCAUCGCCAGUGACAGCGAGGAUGAAAAACGCAUCCAAAAGGCGGAGGCGCGCGCUAUCCGUAAAACGAAAUCUGACAAGGGGAAGAAGCCGCGUCGAAACUGGCCAUAUCGCCGUCCGGAAGGGUCGACUGUUCAUGGGGCGUCUGCGCAGACGGGUUUCGUUAGGUCUCGGACAGGCUUGUGCUUCAUGUGUGGUAAACCGGGCCACUGGAAAAACGAAUGUCCGCAGCCCGUUGCAAUGAAUAACAAGAUAAGUAGCUUAUCAUAUUGUGCAGAAUUAGAAUGUAUAAAUAUAUCAAAGGACGUUCAUAUAGCAACCGGAAGUUUGCAAGGUGAGUCAGAAUUGGUGCAUGAUAGUAAGCACAAUAUAUUUCCUAGUUUUUCUGACGAAAGAGCAUCACCAGUAGGGCGUUUAAGAAAUUGUAUUCAAAGGUGGGUAGAAAUAACAGACGAUGUUUAUAUCUUAAACGUUAUACGUUUCGGCUACAAAUUGCCCUUCAAGGUUAUUCCGGAACAGGUAUUCCUUAAAAAUAAUAAGUCAGCACGUGAAAAUCCCGAUUUUGUGAGUAAAGAGAUAAACAGUUUGAUUCAAAAAGGUGUAAUUUCUGAGGUUUGUGAACAACCUCAUGUUGUGAAUCGUUUAACGGUUGCCUAUAAUCGUAGCGGAAAACCUAGGCUUGUUUUGGAUUGUCGGCACAUAAAUCCAUGUUUAUAUCUGUUCAAAAAUAAAAUUCGAUGACAUAAAUAUUGCACAAAACCUUUUUGAUAAAGGUACUUUUAUGUUCACGUUUGAUUUGAAAGGAGCUUAUCACCACAUAGAUAUUUUUGCAGAACAUACAACUUAUUUAGGGUUCAGUUGGAUUGUUGACGGUGACGUUAAAUAUUACGUCUAUAAUUCUUUAGCGUUUGGAAUUAGUUCGGCGGGACACAUAUUCACAAAGGUUCUCAGAGUUUUGAUUAGACACUGGAGGUCACUCGGUUUUAAAGUUAUAAUGUUUUUAGACGACGGUAUAGGAGGAGAUAAUUCUUUCGAUAAAGCUGUGCAGACUAGUUAUUAUGUAAGGCAGACUUUACUAGAUACAGGUUUUUUGUUGGCAGAAGAUAAAUGCAUUUGGAAACCUAAUUUGCAUGCCAUUUGGCUGGGGCAUAAGUUAGACUUUUGUCUAGAUCGGCUAUAUAUUACAGAAGAAAGAAUUUGUAGGCUGGAAAUCGCCAUUAAGUCCGCGUUGUUUCAGUCGUUGAAAGACGAUAGUUGCUUAUUACACGUGCGUGUAUUAGCCGGCGUUGUAGGACAAAUAGUAUCAUUAAAAAGCGUACUAGGGAGUGUUGUAUGCCGUAUGACAAGGUAUAUGUACAAGUGUAUUUUAUCUCGAGCCAGUUGGAAGGCUCGUGUUAUGGUUAGUUUAGAAGCGGCAAAGGAGCUUCAGUUUUGGUUAGACAAUGUUAGAAGCUUAAAUUCAGAAGGUAAAAGUUUAUCACAAGAAAAAGCAGUCGAUUUAUGUGUUUUCACAGACGCAAGUUCUGUUGGGUACGGAGGUUAUGUUUCUAGCAAUCGGGCAGAAAUUAUAUCUGGUGGCAGGAUUUCACCCAUAGAUUUGAUGUAUGCAGCUCCCGGGCAGGAGCAGGUAAAUUCUUUUGUACCUGGUGUUGAGUAUCUAGAUAUGAUUACUCUCGAGCAAGUAAAUGCAUUGACUCCCGGAAGUGAGUACGUGCACCUAGAUAAUAUCAGAGGUGAACAUGUUAAUAUGGUGGCUCCCGGAAGUGAGCACGUAAGCAAGGUUGCUCUCACAGAUAAGCUGGUAAACACAGUUGCUCCCGGAAGUGAGCACAUGAGCAAAGUUGUUCUCAAAGGUGGACAGGUAAAUACAGUAGUUUCCGGAAGUGAACACUCGGGUAAAGUUGCUCUCAGAUGUGAGAUGGUUAAUACAAUGGCUUCCGGAAGUGAACACAUAGUAACAGGCACACAGGUAUACGGGUCAUGGACAGAGCAAGAGUCAGUUGCUAGUUCUACUUGGAGAGAACUCGAAGCUGCUUAUAGAGUUAUUAAAAGUAACGUUGUGAUUCUACAAAACAAAAAUGUCAUGUUAUAUUCUGAUAAUAAGAACGUAUUGUAUAAUUUUCACUCAGGAGGUAAUGUAGAUGAGUUACAUUGUAAAUGUUUAGAUGUUCACAGAAUUUGUAGUUUGUACAAUAUUAAUUUAUCUGUGAUAUGGAUACCGCGGAAAGAUAAUACUAUUGCUGAUCAGCUUAGUAGAUAUCAAGAUUGCGACGAUUGGUCCAUUCAAGAAUCUAUAUUCUCUUUAUUAGAUGUAAAAUGGGGUCCGCAUACGAUUGAUCGUUUUGCUACACAUUAUAACAACAAAUGUGCACGGUUUAAUUCGAAAUGGUGGGUACCUGGAACUGAGGCUGUGAACUGUUUCACCCAAAGUUGGUCAUGUUUUAACAAUUGGCUGGUUCCUCCACCUCAGGUCAGUGUUAAGUGUUUUAAGAAAAUGGAGCACGAUGAAUGUGUCGGUACUUUAGUUGUUCCCGAGUGGGAAUCCGCAGCUUUCUGGCCUUUGAUUACAGAUGGGAAGGGUGGAUAUAGCAAAAAUGUUAAAGAUGUGUACAUCUUACCACAAACUGGUGUAAUAAACCCAGGUAGAGGAAAUAACGGGUUGUUUGGUAAUGAGCAUUUACCAUUUAGAAUGUUAGCCUUGAGAUUUGAUUGGCGAACUAAGUAAAUGAGAAGUUUAACGAGUAAUUAAAUAGAAUCUGUGUAGGAUUUUCAUGUUUGCAUAUUGUUUGCAGAUGUUGGUUUAAAGGCUACUUUAAAGAGGAAGUUCGAUGAAGCGGGCGAGUAUGUGGACGAUCAGGACAACGUUAUUACACGUAUGGCGGGACAUUUGUUGGACUCUAGAGCGGAAACAACAGUUUCUAAAUAUUCUUACCAGGUGAAAUUAUUCAAAACUUUUUGUGCCGAUAAACAAUUUUCAACUCUACCGGCGCAUGCUAUUCACGUUGCUUUGUAUUUGUCAAAUUUAAUUGACGCCGGAAAAUCGGACAGCGUUGUUUCUGCAGCGUUCUAUGGUAUUAAGUGGUAUCACAACAUAAACGAUUUACAAGAUCCUACAGACAAUCAAAUAGUGAAGUCCAUGUUAGAGUGUGCAAAACGCGUCAACUCUAGACCCGUCACAAAGAAGGACAUCGUUGAUACAAAAUCACUAAUAAGUUAGUGUGACAUGUUUUCAGAUUCGAACGAUGUAAUUGUUCUUCGAGAUUUAUCCAUGAUAUUAUUGUCAUACGCAGGUUUUUUAAGAUUCGAUGAAGUCAGUAGUCUAAGAUGCUGCGAUGUUUCGUUUUUUGAUGAUCAUAUUAAGCUUUUCAUUAGAAAGAGUAAAACUGAUAUUUAUAGGAAAGGGAGAGAAAUCGUUAUUUCAAAAGGGGAAACGUCUGCUUGUCCUGUGUCAAUGUUGCUUAGGUAUUUUGACAGUGCGUUUUUGUCUAUUAAGUCCGAAAUGUAUGUAUUUAGACCAGCAUGUAGGUCAGGUCAACGAUGUUUUUUGUUAUCUAAAGAUAAAAAAUUAAGUUACACACGGGCUAAAGAGUGUAUUGUUUCCAAAUUAAAAAUUGUUGCACCCCUUGCAAACUUGGGCCUACAUUCUUUGAGAGCAAGCGGAGCCACUGCGGCGGCUAACGCAGAGGGUGUGUCUGAGAGAUGUUUGAAGCGACAUGGUCGAUGGAAGUCUGAUAGGGAUAAAGAUGGGUACAUUGAUGAUUCUCUAGACAAAAAGCUAUUUAUCACUAGACAAUUGAAAUUAUAAUUGAAUUGCGGUUCGAAUUUAAAACCUUACUAACCUUUGUUUUUGUUCUAUCGCAAGCCUUGCCCAAUGCAAAACGUGUUGUGUUUUGUGCUUAGUUGUGUGAAGACUUUUCAGUUCUGUGCGUUACGGAGUAUAGCACAGAACGUAUGUCUAAACAUAACGCACCGCACAAAACAGUGCGGUUCGUUCAUGCGUGUGGGUGUCACGUGAGUGAUGGUCACUCAGGUGGACAUAGGCGGGAAUAUGCACGGGGUGUGCAUUGUUUGGUCAGUUCUACGCUAGACUUCGAUCAGUAAACUUUUACUUUUUUAAAUUCGAACCGCAUUAGUAGUAAAUUGGCUCAAAUGACAUGUUAUGUUUGUGUUACAUAAUGUUUAGUUACAUGUUAAUAUUGGAUGUUUUCAGGUACAGUUUUCCAGAGUUAUUUUACAUUGGGCUUCUGAUGAAUUUUUAUCUCUGGUUUUUAACCUGGCCUUGAAAACACCAAUUAAGGACACAAAACUAGAAGUGAUGUAUAAAAAGUGAUAGUUAUACUUUGUGAUAUAAUUUAUAGAUCGAAAAUUGUCCUGUCAUGUUUGUACUACGAUUGUACUUGAUUGUUAUAUGAUACGAAUAUGUAAUAUUCGUGGACGUGUGUUGUCAAUGUCAAUAAACUGAUCGCAAGCCUUGCCCAAUGCAAAA